AUGAUUGCAGCUGCGAAAUUGGUCAUUAUUGGGACGAAGGGGAUGGAGCAGACGACCAGCCUUAUUCGACACCAAAUAUCAUCCCUUCUUUUGGCUCAUCAACCGUGCGAAGUGUUCCCCAAGGUCGAACGCGAUGCACUACGAGCAAUCGAGGCCGGCCGCGACGUCUUCAUCUUGCCAGCCGAGAAGAGGCACUCUGUCGUCGUAUUAGACAGAACAAACUACCUCCAAAACGCCAAAAAUGUACUGGAGGAUCGUUAG